AUGGUGCAGACAAACCUGUGUUCUACAACAACAACAUCCAACACAUCUUCAACUUCAGCAACGAAGCCAAAGCGACAGAGAAACAGAACUCCCAAAAGCUGUAUUCAAUGUUCCAAACGAAAGAUAUUUUGUUCCAAGGAGAGACCAGCAUGCAGUAAUUGUAUCAAAUACUCGGUAGGUCAUCUUUGCUCAUAUGCUUUACCACCAUGGGCUGAUGCAUCUGCUAAUAACAACAACAACAAUAACAACAACAUCAUCAACAACAACAACAACAACAACAACAACAACAUCACCAAUAAAGCCAGUGCUAAUGCUACAAAACCAAACUCACCUCGUUGCUCCCUAGUAGAACAGCCACUUUCACCAAUACGAAUACUACAAAGUGAUGAAUACCGCCAGUUGAAACAAAGCAAUGAAAAAGUAAUACAAGCGCAACGGAAGGAAAUCGAUGAUUUAAAGCGUCAGUUAUCUGUUCAACAACAACUUUCACCAAGAGACACUACGACAAAACAACAACAACAACAACAACAACUUUCCAAUCUGGGAAAUAUCCCAAUCACUGUCUUAAACAAAAUCAGCCCCUUGGCAAACACCUACAACGGUAGCAAAAUUGAAAUGUUGAAUGAUUAUACCCUUUGCACCAUUGACAAUUCAUCGCUGGGUAGUAAAAACAUAUACGUGGACACGUACUCUUGGAUUAAUAUAAUCAAACUAGAUCCUCAGUUGACUACGCUCUGGUUUAGAAUAACAAACCUACAGAAAAUGUAUCACGUAUAUAAGAUGAAUAUGCUAAAAGGAGGUCAAUCUACCGACAAUGUCAUCAAAAAGGUAUCGAAAAAGUCAAAUUACAAGAUCAAUGAAAUUGACUUUACAUAUUCACUACAGCCAACCACCCCUAGUGAUUCAAAUAAAGAGCAACGGCAACAACAGCAACAACAGCAACAACCGUUGAGAUGUCCAGUAGUUGAAUGCGACUUUAAUUUCAUGUCGGAAGAACAACAAUUCACGACUCCAAGUCCCAUGAGAUCGGUCUCUGUCUCACCGGCAGUAAAACUUGAACGAUCGGCAACCAUUAUUGAGAAAUCAACAGCUUCCGAACUACAACAAAAACUAAUAGGACUCUGGGAAUCGUUGAUUAGUUUACCCAGAGGCGAAUCAAAGUUGAAUAUUCAACAAAUCCAUUUUUUAUUGGACUACUACUACAAAAGUGACAUUGAAAGCAAAGAUAUAUUAUCUUUUUAUCGAUUUGAUAUUCAGGCUGUUUUCAAAAAGACUGCAAAUGACGAAGUUGUGUUAAAUUUACCGCAAAAUACUGGCUCUGCCGAAUUCGAAGCACAACUCAAAUCGUGUGGUAUUUUUCUAUGUAUGUUGGUGUUAAUUGUUGAAGAAUCCUUGUCAGAACUUAGAGUUUUAUUCAAAGAAGCAACAAAUAAAGAACUAUGUGAGCAAUUUGAAGACACGUUUCCAAACGAAGUAAUGUUGUUGAAUCUUGGACCUCGACAAAACAACUUGUUACAUAAUGUUCAAGAGUUCUUGAUUCAUUUUGAAAGUGACGAGUACAACAGAUCAUUAUCAUAUUGUGCCGUGGUCGUUGCCUUACUAAAUAGGGAAAUUGACGAUUACAAAAAGCCAGGAUCGAGCAUCACUGAUACCAAAAAUUCAUUCACUUCAUUAUACACCGCUUUCCUUCAUCUAUUACUCGAUGGAUCCUUAGACAUUUGGAAAGAUCCAGAGUUGGUGGAGAUCAGAUCACAAUACAAAAAACGCAGAAAAGAUUUGAAAUUACAUUUUUGUCAUCUUUGGGCAAGUGUAGUCAGACUAACUAAUUUGGUGACAUUAAACUUUGUACCCUUGGUCAAGCAUUCCGAGUACUUGGAUGGAUUGUUGAGACGUAUAUACCGCAAGAUCCAAGAGGUUGACCUGUUGCAAUAUCAUUUAAAAUUUUUGUCCAAAUUGGGUGAAGAUCAAUUGAUCGUUUCCUUGCACGUUCAUUAUCUUAUCGCCAAUGUAUCGUGCUCCUUGUAUCAUGGAAUAUUGAAUUUGGGGUCAAAUAAAUUAGUCAUUAGUACUUUGGAACAAUUGAUAAAGCAGUGCCAAACUUGGAUCACCGACGUUGGUGUUCAACGAUUUAGUGAGGCUCGAAAAUUUGAAAUCUUGAUCAUUCUUGAUUACUUGUCCUAUUUUAUGAUUUACCUAAUCAUGUUACAGGGUGAGGAGUUGGGUGAUGCUACAAUGGUUAACAAUGUUGUGCCUAAUAUCUUUACAAAGUUAUCUCAGCUAAUUCAGCUGCUACGGGUGACUCCUAAACGUCAUGCACAGUAUCUUUACUCGAUAGGAACAGAAGUUUUGACUAGACUGGUUCAGUUUGUUGUGGGACUUCUUACUCGAUUCAAGGAUGAAUCUCGUGAUGGCAAUUUGUUGAAAGAAGGGUGCACUACAAUAUUCACAAUCAAGGGACUUUUAUCACCCACUGAAUGCAUGGACGACCUUUCAGCUGAAAUCGAGCAAAUAAUCACCUUUUUGGACUCAGUAUUGAUCAAUAAAGAACGUUUGACAAAGCUCGUAAAGUUGUGGAAAUUUUACAUCACAUUGAGUAAAGACUUGAACUGUUCCAAGCUUCACAUCGGGUUUCCCGGCUUCAAUAAUGGAAAUGCUUCUGCUUGUCCCGUCUUGGCUGAUGGCGGAGCACAAUCCGCGGCAGUCGCAGCGGCAACAGCAAAUACAUGUCCUGUUCUGAAUUCAAGCAAAGCUACCGCUGCUGCGUCUGGUUGCCCUGUAAUGCAUCAUAAAGGUGUUAGUACAGCAUCUGAUUCAAUGACAAUGUCGCCCACUUCACAACCAAUUAAACGGGAAACGAUAACAAAAUGCCCAAUAUCGCUGAUUACAACGCCCAUGAAUGAUGAAGAGAUUAACGUUAACCAACUACCACCGCCUUUACAAGCAUCAAAUCAUAAAUCACCUCAACAACAACAAUUGCAAUCACCAAUGAACAAAAAGAUGAAGAAAUGUCCUUUUGAUCAUGGAUCAAUGAUGAAACCAAAUUUGUACCCUAAUCAAGUCGAAUCAAGUAUAAGAGGCAGUUUCGAUACGUUUAAGACACAUGCACCAAGUCCUUUGGGUGGUGGGGGUGGAUAUUCGAUGAACAAUACGCCGGUUCCAAUGCCACUGCUGUUGCAAUCGGUCAAUAUGACUAAUGUGACAGGUGAGGAACCACUGAAAGACGUUGCUUCAGGAAUCGGAGGUGGUGACAUCACUGGUGGUGCACCACGAUCUUCUAAACAAAGUGCAGCCGGGUCAGAAACUAGCUGUCCUGUGCUGAGCGCUCAGCAAGUUGCACCACCUCAACAACAAUCGCAGCUUAUGAAUGGAUUAGAAAACUUAGACGUCUUUAAUCAAUUCCAUGAUUUUGAUUUUGAUUUUUUGAACCUGGAAAACAUACUCGAGCAUUUCGGCGGCUCUGCUCCCGGGACUGGUGCUGGAACUAAUGGAGACUUGGAUUUGGGGUUGAAUAAUUUGGGCAAUGGUAAUAUUGAGGGAUUUUUUCAAUAG